AUGAUUGCACCGGCGAGAGCAGCCAUGAGCACAAACGGGACCGAGGUCAUCGGUGCUGCGGUUCCGCCGCCAGGCGUCACGCCCAACUUCGACAACCCGAGUGACAACCUGAGGACGGUGUCAUACGUGACGCAGACCCUGACGCUGGUGGUUGUCACCAUGUUUGUCAUAGUACGCUUCUACGGCAAGCACGUGGCACUGGGGAAUCAUUGGCAUACCGAGGAUUACUUCACCUUUGCGACGUGGUUCUUGAUGGUAGGGUAUUGCAUAACUGCGAUAUAUGCUACGCAUUUUGGAGGUGGCCUGGAUCAAUGGGAGGUGCCGGUAACAAUGAUAACGGGAUACUUCAAGGCAUGCUACGCGGCAACAAUCUUCUAUAUGCCAAUGGCAUUCUGCGUUAAAAUUGCAUUGCUGGCUUUGAUCCAGAGAGUAUACGCACCGCACAAGAAAACAGUCAUGGGAGUCAAAUUCUUUGAGCUGCUGCUAUUCCUGUACUAUGGUUCAGGACUCAUAAUCAAAAUCAGGACAUGCUGGCCCAUUGAGGCUUACUGGCUGGGGCAGAAGGACAAGUGCUUGAAUCAAGACAUCAUCAUUCUCUGCGACUCCAUCCUCAGCGUCAUCAGCGAUCUGGCCAUCCUCAUCCUGCCCAUCCCGCUCACCUGGUCCCUGGAGCUCUCGAACCGGAAAAAGGUCCGCAUCAUGGGGAUCCUGUGCGCCGGCGGCACGGCGACCGCCUUCUCCAUCUACCGCCUGGGCAUGAUCCUGAUCGAGCGCAACUCGCCCAACGCCACCAUGGUCUUCACCAAGGUCAUCCUGUCGGGCAACGCCGAGGUCGGCAUCGGGCUCAUCUGCGCCUGCCUGCCCGCCAUCACGGCGCUCGUGCUCAAGAAGACGCGCGGGACCGGCUACUACUCAGGCAACGGCGGCUACAUGCGGUCCGACAACGACGCGAUCGGGGGCCCCGGCGGCUCCAAGUUCCACGCGCACUCGCACGCCCGCUCCGGCUACGCUGUCGGCGGCGGCGGCAGCAGCCACACCCGCAGCCACGACCACAGCAACAGCCACGGCGGCGGCAUCGUCGUCAGCCGCACCUUUGACGUGCAGAGGACCCUCAAGGCCGACAGCGACUACACCGUCCCGGACAAGGACGGCGGACUGCCCCUGAGCAUGCUCGACGCCAACGGCAAGGCCGACCAGGCCGAGCUGGUCACCAACGCACAGGGCGUCGGGAGGAUCACAAAGUCGUCUUCCAUCGGGGGCCUGUCCAGCAACGACUCGGAUGAGAAGUUGGAUAGGCAGAUCAGGGCUCACGGCGGGAGGAGGAUAUAA